CACUCCUUACAUUCCCUCCCAUUUGCCUCUUGCCUUUAGCUUUUCAGCCUUACUUCCCUCUAUUCAACACUAUACCAUAUUUCAACUACUUUUCAAACCAUUCCAUUUUCACUUGUAAUUCUUACAUCAUGGAAAACAAGAAGCAACCAUAUCGUCAACUGGCUCCCAUAAAAUCAAGGUUUCAGCGUAUCUGUGUUUUCUGCGGCAGCAGCCCUGGAAAGAAUCCCAGUUAUCAGCUCGCUGCCAUUCAGCUCGGAAACCAGCUGGUGGAAAGAAAGAUCGACUUGGUGUAUGGAGGAGGCAGCAUUGGGCUGAUGGGACUCGUCUCACAGGCUGUUCAUGACGGUGGUCGCCAUGUGUUGGGGAUAAUUCCCAAAACCCUUAUGCCCAAAGAGAUUACUGGGGAGACUGUUGGAGAAGUAAGACCUGUGGCUGGAAUGCACCAAAGAAAAGCAGAAAUGGCACGACAAGCAGAUGCUUUUAUAGCUUUGCCUGGUGGGUAUGGAACACUGGAGGAACUUCUUGAAGUCAUCACUUGGGCUCAGCUGGGAAUUCAUAAUAAGCCGGUAGGUCUACUGAAUGUGGAAGGAUAUUAUAACUCACUACUAAGUUUCAUAGACAAGGCAGUUGAUGAAGGUUUCAUAGCACCCUCUGCCCGUCGCAUUAUAAUUUCUGCCCCUACUGCACUCGACUUGAUGUCUAAGCUCGAGGAUUAUGUUCCGGAACACAAUGAGGCGGCAUCAAAGCUAAGUUGGGAAAUGGAGCAACAAUUAGGUUACACAACAAAACCAGACAUUGCUCGCUAAUGACAGAAGUAGUAGAUUGAUUAGAUCAAUUUUAAUUGAGGAUACAUAGCACUAUCAGAUCGGUGAAGACAACAAUGGAUUCAACCGCAGUUCUUUUAAACUCGCUGUGGGUCACUUAUCAUGUGGAUUUACAUAAUUUUGCCAGUUUGUAUAUUUAAAUAUCAGAAGCUGAUCUGACCAGUAAGCAUGAUACUUUAGCUUCUAGUUUCAGAAGGUUAUGACUUGUCUAAUACUUUUGGUUAUGUUUCUUUCGAUGUAAAUCCAAAUUGUGUGUUGAUUGUAAGUCUUGGAGUUUACAAGUGUUGCCUGUAAUAUAAAGUUUCUAUUAUUCCAGAAGUUGGUUUUUACGCGAAAUAAAUGUUUCGCUCUUUAA